AGCAAGACAAAGAGCCGAAGCAUACAGCGAAAACUACACAGAAAUUGUUUAAAGACAAAAAGGUGAAUUCUGGAGUGGCCAAGUCAAAGCCCAGACCUCAUAUCUGUGGCUGGACUUGAAAAGAGCUGUUCACACUCAAUCCCCUCAUGACCUAACAAAGCUUGAGUAGUUUUGCAAAGAAAAAUUGAGUAAAAUUGCAGUAUUCAGAUGUGCAAGACUAAUUGGGACCUAUCCACGCAGACUCCAUGCUUUAAUUGCGACCACAAGUGCAUCUACUAAAUUCUGACUUGAAAGGGGGGAAUGUUUAUACAAUUGCUUAUUUUGCAUUCAAACACACCUGAGGCAACACGUUCAGGUAUAAGGUGCGAUGAAGAUUAUGUUUAAUCUUCGUGUAAAAGUUCUGUGUAAAUCUUUUAAAAUACUUUUAAGGUGCAUACAGCUAUUGCAACAUUAAUACUUCCUCUUGUAAUUGCGUAAGAGUUGUAUGGGCUUAUUAAAAAGAUGUUGCAAUUUUUGACUUUUUUUUCACUUCAGGGGUUUGCCAGCUCAAUCCUAUAAAAGCAAGACUCUGUGUGUGAUACUCAGAACAUUCUGAGACAACGAUUCAUCAACAUAUAAAAAGAAAUAUCUAAAGGAGCAUAUCCUCAUCCUACUAACCGCAUAAUGGCUGACGUGUAUUUCAAUUUGGCUGCAGCUUUGGAAAGCUACAAACCCGACUCUGUGGAAGCUGAAUCAACGAUCAAGAUCAAAGAACACGAUGCAGAGUGUGACCAACAUUCAGGAAUCGACAUAGAGGUGGUUGAUGAGCCUCAUAACAUGCGGCAGGUGGUAAACCUCGUCAUUGCCUUGCACCGUUUAAAGAAAACCCAGAAGCUGCAGGGCACUGAAUUCUCAGACGAGGAGCUGUGCAACAUUUUCUUUGAGAAUGUGGUGGAAGAGUAUGUGACACCAACAGUCCAUCAAAAAACAACAAAUGCUGCUGACCACUAUGACUCGUCUGAACAACCGCAGCAAAAGUCCUUCAUCUGUGAUGUUCGAAACAAGUUCCUGGUUCUAAGUAAAGGAAUCACCACGGAGCUGCAGGCCAUCACCCUCCAGAGUGGGAACAAGAGCAGAAGGGUCCAACUGGAACUGACUACAUACAAACCCUCGGUCACACCUGACAAAGGCCGACCUAUUGCCUUGGGGGUGGGAGAAGACCUCUACCUCUCAUGCACGUCUUCCUCUGGGAAACCUGUUCUAGGCUUAGAGGUGGUGAAAAAGGAAGACCUGAAGAGCAUCAGUGGCGACAUGAAGCGAUUCCUGUUCAACAAGACGGUCUCUGGACAAACAGUGACCAGCUUCGAGUCAGUGAAGUAUAAAGGCUACUUCAUCAGUACGUCUUACACUGAUGGACAGCGAGUGGACAUGUGCCAGAGUCAGGAUGUCCCGGACCGCCUGACGUCUUUCACACUUGUGUGAAAUGGCCAUUUCUGCCACUAUAUACCAAACACCCAGACAGUAUGUACAAUGUGCAGCCUUUAGUCUGGGUGUUUUUUAAAAACCUGAGCAGAGUUGAAGGGUUCAGAACAGAGUCCUUAAACUCACUGGGAUGGAUUUCCAACCUUAUAUUUGGGGAAAUUUAAUUUGUCAUAGUAAAUACAAAUUGUAUUACCUAACAGCAAGUUAAGUAGAAGUUCAUAUUGAAUUCCUGUGGAUGUCAUUUUAUUCAUUUGUAUUUAUGGAAUUUUUGUGUGGGCUGAAGUUCCUUUGUUUUUAUUUAUUUAUUUAUUUAUGUAUGGUGUUUAUUUAUUAUUCUGCAUAUUCUGUUACAAUUUCUGAUUGAUUUCUGAUUCUGAAUUUCUGAAUGAUCUACAAUUUACCAUGAAUCUACCAUAUAAUCAACCAUGACUUUGCAAAGCAAACAGCAAAUACUGUCCAUGGGUAACUUUCAUACACUGCAUGUGGAAGGAGCAUUGACACAGAGUAACAUGUCAUAAAUCUCUAAUCGUGUUUUUAAUGUAACUCGGAUGUCCUCCAGAAGUGAUAAUAUAGUUGCAUUUAGAUGACCUGCUGUGUUGUAAAUGAUGGAUCUGUUUUGUAUACUUUGUGCUUUGCUUUCAAAAUAAAAGUGUUCAAGAAUCAGA